GAUUGUAUCAGCAGUCUCCAGUUUAAUUCCUGUAUGGGGUUUGGAGCCUGGGGAUUACAGAGCAGUGGAGAGAGAGAAGGUGAGAGGAAAAAUAAGUAGCAUCUCGUUGUAAAAUGAAGACUGGAUAUUGAUUUUUUUUUGGAAAAGUGGUGUCUAAUUUAUUUUGGAGUUUGGAGCAGUCAGUUUCUGGUGUGGAAGGAGAGAGAGAGAGCACAGAUCUGGACCAGCGGUGCUAACCGACCUGGAGUUGUUGUUUAACCAGCAGUCAUGCAUUUAUCUGUCUCUGAGACGUCGUCACAUGGAUUGAGCCUUUGAUGGUAUCUCGAUUAUAUGCCAACAGCCCUGGAUUUCGGAAUAACUGGGAGUGCGCUCGUUUCUUUUAAUAGACUAAACAUAAGAUGAGUGAGGAAGCAAAGAAAAAUGGUACAAAACCUGCCCACAGGAAGAAGAGGGGUAAAAAGACUGACACCAAUGCAAGCUACCUACGUGCUGCUCGAGCUGGCAACUUGGAAAAGGCCCUUGAUUAUAUCAAAGCUGGAGUUGACAUAAACAUCUGCAACCAGAAUGGGUUGAAUGCUCUCCAUCUUGCUUCGAAGGAAGGUCAUAUAGGAGUUGUUUCUGAACUAAUCCAGCUAGGUGCUAAUGUGGAUGCAGCAACCAAGAAAGGAAAUACUGCCCUACAUAUUGCGUCAUUAGCUGGACAAGCAGAGGUUGUCCAUGUCCUAGUAACAAAUGGUGCAAAUAUCAAUGCGCAGUCACAGAAUGGCUUCACUCCUUUAUAUAUGGCUGCUCAGGAGAAUCACCUGGAAGUUGUAAAAUUUCUUCUUGACAAUGGGGCAAGUCAGAGCAUUGCAACUGAGGAUGGGUUUACGCCGCUGGCUGUUGCAUUGCAGCAAGGUCAUGACCAGGUGGUCUCCCUGCUGCUGGAGAAUGACACAAAGGGGAAGGUCCGUCUGCCGGCCCUGCACAUUGCUGCCCGCAAGGACGACACAAAAGCUGCGGCGCUACUUCUGCAGAAUGACCACAAUGCCGAUGUGGAGUCCAAGAGUGGCUUUACCCCGCUUCAUAUAGCUGCUCAUUAUGGGAAUAUAAACGUAGCAACUUUGUUGCUGAAUCGUGGUGCUGCUGUAGAUUUCACAGCCAGGAAUGACAUAACUCCGCUGCAUGUGGCCUCAAAGAGAGGGAAUGCCAACAUGGUCAAGUUGCUGCUGGACCGAGGAUCUCAAAUUGAAGCCAAAACCAGGGAUGGCUUGACCCCUCUUCACUGUGCAGCAAGGAGUGGGCAUGAACAGGUGGUAGAGAUGCUGCUUGAUCGAGGAGCCCCAAUCCUUUCCAAGACAAAAAAUGGCCUGUCCCCUCUGCACAUGGCGACGCAGGGAGAUCACCUGAAUUCCGUGAAGCUGCUGCUUCAACAUGACGUGCCUGUGGAUGACGUGACCAAUGACUACCUGACAGCACUGCAUGUUGCUGCUCACUGUGGGCAUUACAAAGUUGCCAAGGUGCUGCUGGAAAAGAAAGCAAACCCAAAUGCCAAAGCACUGAAUGGUUUCACCCCGCUUCAUAUCGCAUGUAAGAAAAACAGGAUUAAAGUAAUGGAUCUGUUGUUGAAGUAUGGAGCAUCAAUUCAGGCAGUUACUGAGUCGGGCCUAACACCUAUUCACGUUGCUGCAUUCAUGGGACAUGCAAAUAUUGUGACACAGUUAAUGCAACGUGGAGCAUCACCAAAUACAACAAAUGUGAGAGGAGAAACCGCACUACAUAUGGCUGCCAGGGCGGGGCAAGCAGAUGUGGUCCGUCAUCUGGUCCAGAAUGGAGCUCAGGUGGAAGCCAAAGCCAAGGAUGACCAGACUCCAUUGCAUAUUGCAUCUCGUUUAGGAAAGGCCGACAUUGUGCAGCAGUUGCUGCAACAUGGGGCAUCUCCAGAUGCAGCCACCACCUCUGGCUACACACCACUGCACAUCUCAGCUCGGGAAGGUCAUGAAGAUGUGGCAUCAGUACUAUUGGAACAGGGGGCUUCACUCUCUGUGAAUACAAAGAAAGGAUUUACUCCACUCCACGUGGCUGCAAAGUAUGGGAAAAUGGAGGUAGCCAACCUCUUGCUUCAGAAGUCUGCGUCUCCCAAUGCUUCCGGAAAGAGCGGCCUAACUCCAUUACAUGUGGCAGCACACUAUGAUAACCAGAAGGUGGCACUGUUGUUAUUGGACCAAGGAGCAUCACCUCAUGCAGCAGCAAAGAAUGGUUACACACCCCUGCACAUAGCUGCCAAGAAGAAUCAGAUGGACAUUGCAACAACACUACUGGAAUAUGGUGCUGACACCAAUACAGUGACCAAGCAAGGCAUUACCCCAGUACACCUUGCUGCACAGGAGGGGCACGUUGACAUGGUAUCCUUACUCUUGACUCGAAAUGCCGAUGUAAACCUCGGAAACAAGAGUGGUCUAACACCCCUUCAUUUGGCUGCUCAAGAGGAUCGAGUGAAUGUUGCCGAAGUACUAGUUAAUCAGGGAGCUGCUAUUGAUCCACAAACUAAGAUGGGUUAUAUUCCACUCCAUGUAGCAUGCCACUAUGGGAAUGUGAAGAUGGUCAACUUUCUUCUGCAACAUAACUCUAAAGUGAAUGCCAAGACAAAGAACGGAUACACCCCUCUCCACCAGGCUGCACAGCAAGGGCAUACACACAUUAUAAACAUCCUCCUCCAGCACGGUGCCUCUCCAGAUGAAGUCACAGUGAAUGGAAAUACUGCUUUGGCCAUUGCUAGGCGGCUAGGUUAUAUCUCGGUGGUUGAUACGCUGAAGGUGGUUACUGAGGAAACCUUGACAACCACGAUGUUUGUGACAGAGAAACAUAAACUCAAUGUUCCUGAAACCAUGAAUGAGGUUCUGGAUGUAUCAGAUGAUGAAGUUCAUAAAGCCAGUGUUCCUGAAAAUUUCAUUGAAGCCGAGUAUUUGUCAGAUGGUGAAGAAGGUGAAGAUGCAAUGACUGGGGAUACAGAUAAGUAUCUUGGACCACAAGAUUUAAAAGAAUUGGGCGAUGAUUCACUGCCAAUGGAAGGAAAUAUGAGUUAUAUGGGUUUUAGUCUUGGAGCUCGAUCUGCAAGCCUCCGCUCCUUCAGUUCGGAUAGGUCUUACUCGCUGAACAGGAGUCCAUACGCCAGGGACAGCAUCAUGAUUGAAGAGCUGACAAAGGAGCCGCACCUUGCAGUUUCUCGGGAAUACGACAGCGACUCUUUGAAGAGAUUCAGCUGGACAGCAGAUACACUCGACAACGUCAACCUCAUUUCCAGCCCCAUCCAUUCAGGUUUUCUCGUGAGUUUCAUGGUGGAUGCCCGUGGCGGUUCGAUGCGCGGUAGCCGCCACAACGGCAUGCGCAUCAUCAUCCCACCCCGCAAGUGCACAGCGCCCACACGCAUCACUUGCCGCUUGGUGAAGAGGCACAAACUGGCAAGCCCGCCACCUAUGGUAGAAGGGGAAGGGUUGGCCAGUAGGCUGGUUGAAGUUGGACCAUCAGGUGCUCAGUUCUUGGGCCCAGUGAUUGUGGAGAUACCACAUUUUGGUUCAAUGAGAGACAAAGAACGGGAGCUUAUUAUUCUCCGGAGUGAAAAUGGGGAAGUCUGGAAGGAGCACCAGUAUGACUAUAAAGAACAGGACCUCAGUGAUAUAUUAAAUGGUAUGGAUGAAGAACUCGAUAGCGUUGAAGAACUGGAGAAGAAGCGCAUCUGUCGUGUUGUUACCAAGGAUUUUCCCCAGUAUUUUGCGGUUGUAUCUCGGAUCAAGCAAGAAAGUAAUCAAAUGGGGCCUGAAGGAGGAAUGUUAAGCAGCACAACCAUUCCAAGUGUACAAGCAUCCUUCCCAGACGGAGCCUUGACCAAAAGAAUCCGAGUGGGUCUACAGGCCCAGCCAGUCCCAGAUGAGCUUGUCAAAAAGAUUCUCGGGAACAGAGCCACAUUUAGUCCAAUUGUAACUGUGGAGCCGAGAAGAAGGAAAUUCCACAAACCUAUAACCAUGACUAUUCCAGUACCAUCAGCAUCAGGGGAUGUAUCAAAUGAAAGUAGAGAUGCUCCAAGCCUCCGCCUGCUGUGUAGUAUAACAGGAGGCACAUCACCUGCACAGUGGGAAGACAUAACUGGAACAACACCAUUAACAUUUGUCAAUGAAGGGGUUUCAUUCACAACAAAUGUCUCAGCCAGGUUUUGGCUUGUCGAUUGUCAUCAGGUGCCAGAAACUGUUAGUUUAGCCACACAGCUCUACAGGGAAUUAAUUUGUGUCCCCUACAUGGCCAAAUUUGUUGUAUUUGCCAAAAUGCAUGACCCAGUGGAAGCCCGUCUGCGUUGCUUCUGUAUGACUGAUGACAAAGUUGACAAGACGUUAGAGCAGCAGGAAAACUUCACGGAGGUGGCUCGGAGCAAAGACAUCGAGGUGCUAGAAGGUAAACCCAUCUUCGUGGAUUGCUAUGGAAACUUGGUUCCUCUAGCCAAAGCAGGCCAGCAGCUUGUAUUCAACUUCUAUGCUUUUAAAGAAAACAGAUUACCCUUUGGUGUGAAGGUUCGAGACAACAGCCAGGAGCCCUGUGGUCGUCUCUCAUUCCUGAAGGAACCAAAAACUUCCAAAGGAUUACCACAAGCAGCUAUCUGUAAUCUGAACAUUACACUACCGGCUCACAAAAAAGUUGAGAAAGCUUCUGAUCGCCGUCAAUCUUUUGCAUCUAUCGCGUUACGUAAGCGCUACAGCUAUCUUGCUGAACCUGGAAUGAGCCCUCAGAGUCCAUGUGAAAGGACAGAUAUAAGGACAGCCAUAGUAGCAGAUCAUCUGGGACUGAGCUGGACAGAACUGGCAAGAGAAUUGAACUUUUCUGUUGAUGAUAUAAAUCAGAUUCGGGUUGAAAAUCCAAACUCUUUAACUACUCAGAGCUUUAUACUGUUAAAGAAGUGGAUUGUUCGCGAUGGAAAAAACGCUACAACUGAUGCCUUAAGUGGAGUCCUGAAAAAGAUUAAUCGAAUGGACAUUGUGACCUUACUAGAAGGCCCAAUAUUUGACUAUGGUAAUGUUUCUGGCACAAGAAGUUUUGCUGACGAUAGCAGUGUGUUCCUGGAUCAGUCCGAUGGAUACUCUUCCAUCCAUGCGGAGCUGCUGACACCUGCUGCAUUACGCUAUUUGCCACCCACCCCUCUUCAUUGUGAUGAUUAUUUUAGCAAUUACCCUAGUGUACAGUCAGUUUCCCCGACUCCCUACCAAUUAAGUCUGGCAACAAAGGAAGUAUCACUUUUCAGCGAUACUGAGAAAAUGUCAGCAAAGGUUUCCAGUGCUGAUUUGCCAGGGCUCUCUCUGGUGACAGAUGAGGUGGUCCCUUCAUCACCUGGGCAAGUGGAUAAGCCAGAAGGCUCCAAAUGUGAAUCUGACUUCCAGUUCAAGGGUGGCAAUGUUUGUGUUGCUCAGCCAUCCACUAAUAUAGAGCAGGUGGAGCACGUCCAGUCACUGCAGGAUGAUUACAAGGCCGAACAAAAGGUGUCUCCCAGUCGGGCACAGCGAGAAGAAAGCUCUGAUGCAUCCGAUACCGAGGACCUUGCAGAGCAAAGAGACAUGGAGGUUGUUCAGCCAAGGCGAAGUUCCAAAGGUUCAGAUGAUGAGGAGGUGACAAAGGAAGAAGUCCAGGCACUUCACCCUGCUCAGAUUUCCCAGAAAGAAUUUUUUACAGUUCCAGGUUGGCACAGUGAUGCAUCCAGUGUCGACGUGGAGCCACCAACUCCAAAGAGCUGUCACUUGAGCACUGACGAUCUGGACGAAGGCGAUGCCAAUCUUCAGGAACAAAGCAUCAAAAAUGAACUUGCUGGAUCUGUUAAGUUUCAUUUGAAAGGACCAGUUUUAAAACCAGAGGAGAAUGGCGACCUUGACUUGCAUAGGUUGGAACGUCAAAGAGAGUCAAGUCCUUUGAUUCAGGAGGUGACGGAUGAUAUGCCUGUAACAUCACAUGACAGGAAAACAGUGAAUGGGAAGGCGCAGAAACGCCCGACGCUAAUCACAGAGCAAGUGGAGUCAGUGAAGGAAAUGCAGGCAGACACCAGGCGGAUGGGCGCUGAGGAGCACGGAGCUGGUGGGUUUGGCACAGAGAAGAAGCCGAGUUGGGGCACAUCAGAGGGGAUUAAAUCAGGAACAAACAUCAGGGUUGAAGGGCCUCUACCAGCAGAACACAAAGCACAGGAACUUGGGGCAAAUGAGUCUAGCUCGGAUGAGGAGGAGUUUGUCACAACCAGGGUGAUUCGCCGCAGGGUGAUUCUGAAGGGAGAGGACGCUAAAAGAGUCCCCGGAGAGAUGGUUACAGAAGAGCAUUUCGUCGAUGAAGAUGGAAAUGUUGUCACCAAAAAAGUAACCCGCACAGUGGUGAAGAGACUUGUUUUGUCUCCAAGCAGGGACCAUGAGGAUGAUGAACUGGAAAGGGAAGGGCAAGGCGAUGAGGAGGGUGCCGAGUAUUUUGGAAGUGAUUUCAUGAGAGAGGAGCAGGUUGAAGGAUAUAAAGUUGUCAGAGUGAAAAAGGAGACAAUUCGACAGGCUGACAAGAAGACUCAUUAAUAGUCUAUAAAAAGACAGGAUGGAGCUACAGGAACACGUUUUACUACUGCCAGUGUCCAGGAGGAAAAGGCUGGAAGAGAGGAAGAGCCGACUGCAGAUGAAGUGUGUGCCUGCUGCCUUCACACAUUAAAGCAUGGUUUAGAUACAACAGGAUAUUUUAAUUUAGCAUGAGCAACCUUAAAACCGCAUGGGAAAUCACUUUCAUUUGUUGAUCUGAAGAGAGUGCAUUUGGUGCACUGAGUGACACAGGUGCUUUCAGUAUGAGUGACUUUCCAAUCUCCUGUGCCAUCCAGCAGAGAUCUUGUGUAGCGCCUUUGAUACCUUUCCUGUGACUGAGGAUGUUGACAGCAAAUCAUAAUGUAUCGAGGUUCCAGCAAGGAGUGUACAAAUCACUGAUUAUUCACAGCAUCUAGCCUUAUAAUUUUCUUGAACCCGUGGUUUCAGGGUAUAAAAAAAAUUACUUGCUUAUUUAAAAAAAAUAAAAACACACAUCAAAAAAAUCAUAAAUGGUUUUGCUGUACAUAAAGAACUCUGUAAAAAUAAAAAUUAUGAUCAGGUGGCGUUUUUGGAAGAAACGCAAAUGUGCUAUCUGAGCACUUCAACUGUUUUAGUGUCUGAUUCACGCUUUAGAAGUUGAUUCCACCUACUAAAAGCGUUUUGAGUGUGACUCCACAAUUUCUUGUACAAUUAAUAGUAAAGGUAUAAUCUUUGUAUAUGCAAAAACACUGGCUUCAUUUUAAGAUAGCUUUCUUUCAGACUACACUGCAGAAUUUAAAAUGAUUUUGAAAAAUGUAAUUCUGUGAAAAAUAAUCUCAAAACAAAGUUUCUUCAGCCUACCAAUAUUCUGAUGCAUGUGUCCCUCAUUUGAAUUAAACAUUUUUUUCUAAGUUUGGAGACACUUGAAAUAUAACACACUUUAUCACAUAUUUCCCUUUUAUUCUUUCUUGCUUUUUUUUUAUAACUAAAUGAUCUUAAAAGAUGCCAUACAUUAUGCAAAGGGGAAACGUUUCAAGUUCUUGCUUCUAGAGGGAUUUAUGCUUGCAAUUCAAUAGUUGAACUAAUUCUCUUGCAGGCACAGUAUUAAAUGAGUUGAAACAAUGAGGUUGUACAUGCUUGUAGACUGGCAACAUGCUGUAAAAUUAUUACUAUAUCAUGUGUAUUGGCAAUAAGAUGUAGAAGUCUUUCCAUAAGCCGAUCAUCUGUAAUCUUUUUUAGCAGUGUAAUAAUAGGUUGUUAAGGCCUGCUGUGGUUAAAAGGACAUUCUACAUUUGAGUUUGGUGAACUAUUCUCCUUUGUUGAUUAUAUUCAUAUGAAAACAUUAAGCAGUCACUGAAGAUAGCUCUUAUAACAUAUGUAUGAAAACAAAACUCCACUGAAUGAUCCAAUUGAUUAUUCAAGCAAAAAUAAAUUGUG